GCUUUUAUACGCAUAGGUCAGCAGGGCAGGGCCGCCAUCAAUGCGAAAAGAGAAGUGGUUGCGCGGACGUCAACCCGAUCAGCAGCUGUGCGCACCGGCCGCCGAAUCACCGCCUCAUCCGUGCAUAGGGAGCCGCCGAUGGUCAGCGGACGCGGUGAUCACCUCGUGCAAGCCAUCCGUGCAGAAGAGGACCUGCCCGUUCGGAGUGGUGAUCGGCGUUGGCAUCGGAGUGCGGCGGUGGUCCCGUGAACUUUGUUAUUUUUUCUCCCUGGAUUUAAAGUGCUACCUACAGAGGGUAGUACACACCUCCCGUGAACGUUGUGACGGCAGCUACUUUUACCUCUUGAACGUCGGGCCAGCAAACUUACCGUCUAAGGUUAAAAAGACUUCCUUUCGUUGAUCUAGUGAUUCAAACGCGUGCUUGCAGCAGCUCUAGUCUGUGGAGUGAUAUUCCAGGACCAGUCGUUGUCC